AUGGAGGCGGAUGUGUCGGCAAUCAUAAGGAAGGAACUUGGCAAUGUCGUUGUUCUGUUAAUUAUGCUGGAAAGCACUGUGAGAAUCGUAGUAAGUGAAAACUUGUGUAUCGUUUAUCGUCCAUUAUUAACGCCUUUUAAGUAUCAUUUCUCCCAUCAAUAGAUCCCGCCUUUAAAAAUCUCCUUUUUUAUUUACCAUCCGUCUAUAUUCGAACUUCUGCUGAAUCAUUACAAAGAAUCGAUUUGCUUUUCUUCAUGUUACACUAAAUAAACUUGCCUCUCUAUACUAAGUGAUUUGGUUCAUUUCUUAAUUUGAGCACUUUUUAACACUCGUCCUCAGUCCUCUCUUUAACUUCGGAAUGGCUAAUAAAGGUCUGACAGUACCAAAUAUUCCUUUUAGAUCCAUACGGCGGUAUGAUUCGUUUUCCAGGGAUAGUUAACAAUGAACUUUUUCAAGUAAAAGGCCCUUUUAAUCAUCCAACGGCAAAGAACGUGUGUAACGCAUUUGGUGCCCGUCAGCCAUCGCGGCAAGAUAUUGCUCGAAUAGCAAGAGAAGCAGGGUAUGGAAUCUGUAAACCGUAAGUGUUUUUAAAUUACUCUUAAUUACGAUCUCAUACAUUCUUAUAGUCCGCACAAAUCCAAUUAAGUUAGGCCCUAAAUGAGUUUCAGGGUAAUUUAGAUGGCAAUUUCGAGUGCAAAUUUUAUACAUAAAUUUAGACCUAACGAAGAACAGCUCAGAAAAAUGAAACUAAUGGCCCUCUGGCAGGAAUCAAAGUAAGGCGAUGCAACGCUCUCAGCAACUGAGCUACAGAGUCCAGUUGCCGAGCUACGCAUGCAACCGCAAUUUCAUGUAUAUAGAUAGACUUGGUUUUAAGUUUGUCUUUCAAUGGAUUGAGAAUAGCAAUGCGCGCAAGCUGUGAAAAAGACGCGAAAAUAUGAGAGUAGGGAGAAAUGUACUUGGGAGAUUUGCAAGCGCCGUCGGAGUUUUUCUACGGAGGCGUGGUUUGCGAGUUGACAAUAACAACAAAUUUUCGCGCCAAUUUUUGCAAUUAAAAUUCGAAAUGAUGCAAAAGUCUGGUAUAUAUACUAAUUCAGUAUAAGCUACGUGUUGUCAUGUAGGCCUAUGGCAUUCUCAUUUACAAAACCCUUCAAUAUUAGGUCAAUCGAGCGAGAUGCCCAAAAUAAUCCUGAUAAAUAGGUUUCAUAUCAUAUUGAUCAUGAUAUUCAUACGCGAAGAACUGCAUACGUCUUUAUAUAUAACGUUUUUGGUUUACGAAACACAAACAGUUUAUAUAUAAAUAUAUUCGGUUUUUUGAGGUAAAACGAAAAACUAUAUUACGCUCUAUCUAUAUGGUAUUGAGCACUGUUUGUGUUUUGUAAACCAAAAGUUUAAGCUAUAUAUAUAUAUAUAUUCGCUUACCUUAAAAUUCCGCAACAGUCUGUUUCAUCAGUAAAGAAUCAUCAGGCGGUAUGAUGAUUAUGUACCGCCUGAUGAUUCUUUACUGAUGUACCGCCUGAUGAUUCUUUACUGAUGAAACAGACUGUUGCGGAAUUUUGAGGUAAGCGAAAUUCUACAUUUGCUCUAUCUUUAUGAUAUUGAGCACUCUUGCGUUUCGUAUACACAAACCUACUCGUAUAUAUAUAUAUAUAUAUAUAUAUAUAUAUAUAUAUAUAUAUAUAUAUAUAUAUAUAUAUAUAUAUAUAUAUAUAUAUAUAUGUAUAUAUAUAUAAGAUUAGAAGACAAACUUGACUUACUUCAUAUUACUUUAUUUCACUACAAAUUUGUUUCGUAUGACAAGACGAGUCUUGCCACACUCAUCAGGUGAAUUUUUUAAAAUUCACCUGAUGAGUGUGGCAAGACUCGUCUUGUCAUACGAAACAAAUUUGUAGUGAAAUAAAGUUCAUAUGAAGUAAUUCAAGUUUGUCUUCUAAUCGUAUUAGCUCUACUACGGUAUUGAGCACUCUACUCAUAUAUGAUUCCAAACUCGAUACUUGUCUAUAUAUAUAUAUAUAUAUAUAUAUAUAUAUAUAUAUAUAUAUAUAUAUAUAUAUAUAUAUAUAUAUAUAUAUAUAUAUAUAUAUAUCGUAAAUAGUAUUAAUGAGUGAUGAAUAAUUCAAUUUUAAACCUAAAACCCGGGGCUUUUUCAAACCUAAAACCUGGGGUUUUGUCAUUAAUAUUCCAAACGAUAUGUGAUUCGAAAGAAAAGUGACGACACUUGCAUUAAUCCGGGUAAUAUUUCGCCGAAUCCCCCUCGCUCCAGGUCUAUAAAUGAUAAAUAUAUUAUAUUCCGAUGGCUAACGGAUAAAGAAACAAUUCAGAGGAAACACUUAGACUGACAGCCGAUAUAUUUCGAUUCGUUACCCCUGCCAUAAAAUAGCCAAGUACACUCAUCUUUCAUUGUAGCGGAUCGACUGAACAUCAAAUCUUGUCAUGAGAAAAGUGAAUUUUCGGUUUGUCCUUCGGCUCAGUGCCAGGGACCAGGCAGUGGCAGUGUGCUGUACGGCCUACCGGUUUAAACCGUUACACAGUAUAUCAUUACUGCUUUCAUUCUUUCAAUCCGUUUUGAAUAUUCGGAAUCAUUCACAAUAUUAUAAAACUGUAGGAUAGCUGUAGAACUAUAAAUGCUGUAGAAUAAAAUAAAUAAAGAAAACAAAUUUCCAACGAUGCUCUAUAGUUUGCACUACAACAAGCACAAUUUAGUAGAUAGUUACACACAAAAAAAAAAUGCUCUAGGACCCACAGAAUACACAAAUGUCGACAUGCGAAAUUAUUUCCAGUAGGCAAAAGUUCUUAACUCUUCAUGCAAAUAUAUUGACAUUGUAAAAAAGUACCUAAUUUCGAUUUGUCUUUUCCUUGUUGAAUUUCUGAAAGCAUACCAACAACGACAAAAGCCGAUGUCCAUUAGCGAACUUAGCACGUUUUAAAAUAGCCAUAGAUCGGCGAAAUGUUGGAGUAUUUCGACUCUGAAAGCAUCUGUCCGAAGCUCGUGAAAUUUAAUUUAUAGUAAACAUUAUUUGAAGUUCCGGCUACGCAUGCUUACUCGGGUAUUAUGCCACUGUUCACAAGUACAACAAGGUUAAUGAGAAACAAAUUCGGCACGUUUGAGCCUACGAUAUGGAAAGACAACGCCAGAGAAAGAGCCCACGAUAUGGAAAGACAACGGCAGAGAAAAUUGAAAGAACUCAAGACAAAAGGUGAAAGGGCAUUGUGGUUUUUAGACUCAUAUGGUGCUGCGCCAAAGGCUCUCCUAGUGGAAGACUGCAAUGGUGAGGAAAUUUAAUUGGAACUACAAAUCAUCUGGAUUGGUACACGCGUAAAAAUCAUCAUGUUGAUGCAAGUUGUUCAAAACAGGAGCGAACAAUGUUGUGCUGAACCCCGUGAACAAUAUUGUUAACAAGUUGUUGAACCAUCAAUAUUGUUGCAACUUGUUGACAAUCAUGUUAACAUGUUAACAACUUGCAACAGUACUGAUGGUUGAACAACUUGUUAACAAUAUUGUUCACGGUGUGCAGCACAACAUUGUUCACUCCUGUUGUGAACAACGCCGAACAACAUGAUCAAUUUUUACCCGUGUAGGGCAAAUCUUCUGGAUUGACAGGGCAAUGAAAGAUUUUAAAUGAUAGAAUGUAGAGUUAUUAAGUAGUUUCCAGGGGUUACAGAGGGAAUUGAAUAGAAUCUAUAGACCUAAAUUUUACAGAUAUUGGUAAAAAAUAAGGGUUUCAUGCAUGUUUUAACAGGAAUUUGUCCGAAAAAAUUUUUUUGACCCUUAAUUUAAUUUGUUUAUGUCCGGAAAAAAUUUUUUGCUCCUUUUUUAAAUGUCCGGAAAAAAAAUUUUCGUCCCCCCCCCCCCCCCCCCCGCUCGUCAACAUUUUUGGAAGAAAUAGUGGCCAAAAUUUUUUUUGCUGCAGGGCAUCAUCGGCUUUCGCAGGGCAAUUGUAGCAGACACCCCUCCCCCCAAAUAAAAGGGGCUAGUUUCGCCCCUGAUCAGCUCUGGUAAUAAAAGUGCCAAAAAGUCCAAGUUUGAAGAUCUAGCAGAUGAGGAGAAAGUGAGAAUCAAGGAAUUUCUUCAUGUUUUGGAUACUUUCUGCAUUGGCGAUGCUGCAUACCACGAGUUGUCCGAGAUCGAAGGUGGGUUGCAACGGAGUUACUUGAUCAAGCACCAUAACAAGAACCCAAGGAGAUUUGGUGGGAGCUCAAAUGAGUUUUAG